AGUGUGCCACUUCACCAGUCACGCCGGUUCACAAUUCACAUAUCAACGCAAACCAGUUGUCUUUUGUAUGAGGUAGUGAGUGGUUGCGUCAAAUUACGUAAAUUAACAACAUGCCGAAAAUUCACAAUUUUGGUGCCGGCCCGGCGAAAAUGCCAGAAGAUGUGUAUGAAGCAAUAAGAGAGGAGUUAACAAACUUUAAAGGAUCGGGAAUAAGUUUGAUGGAGACAAGUCACCGAUCGUCUACAUAUAUGAACUUUAACACCGAGAUACAAGAUGUUGUUAGAAGACUGUUAAAUGUACCCAGCAAUUACAAAAUCCUGUUUCUCGCCGGUGGUGGUCAGGGGCAAUUUGCUGCUGUACCUAUGAAUUUAAUUUCGAGGACGGGUACUGCGGAUUACGUUGUAACAGGUUCAUGGUCAGCGAUGGCAGCCAAAGAAGCGAAAAAAUACGGCAAAGUGAACAUGGUGUUGCCGCCUACCGAUCGUUAUGUAGGCAUCCCAGACCAGUUUACAUGGAACCUAGACCCAAACGCCUCAUACGUCCACAUUUGUGGAAACGAAACUAUUCACGGUGUCGAAUUCGAUUUCAUUCCUGACACGAAGGGAGUUCCAUUAGUUGCUGAUAUGAGUUCUAACUUCAUGUCGAAGAAAUUAGACGUCUCCAAGUUCGGAGUCAUAUAUGGGGGUGCUCAAAAGAACAUUGGAACAUCCGGAGUAGUGCUAGUCAUAGUUCGAGAGGAUCUGCUUAAUCAAGCGCUACCUAUUUGUCCAGCUAUUUUGGACUGGACUGCUAAUGCUAAAGCUGACUCCAUAUUGAAUACUCCGCCCAUGUUUGCCAUCUACGUGAUGGGCAAGUGCCUCCAAUGGAUAGAAACCAAGGGUGGGCUGGAUAAAAUGGCCGAAUUAGCUGCAAAGAAAUCGUCAAUGAUUUACGACUUGAUAGAGAAUUCAAACGGUUUCUACUACGCGCCAGUCGCUAAGGACGCUCGGAGCAAAAUGAAUAUACCAUUUAGAAUUGGAUCGGAGAAAGGCGAUGAGGCUUUGGAAAAAGAGUUUUUGAAGGGCGCUGAAGCUCUGGGCUUGAUACAGUUGAAGGGACAUAGGAGCGUUGGUGGUAUUCGUGCAUCUAUAUAUAACGCAGUUACGGUGGAGGAAGUAGAAGUGUUAGUUAAAUAUAUGACUGAAUUUUACAAAAAACACGCCAAGUAAAAUGUUUUUUUUUUUAUUAUUUUUGUUUAUGUUGUUUCUCUCAAGAUGGGAGCAAUAACGCAAUUUCUCGAGUAUAUGCUAGGACGAGAUUAUUGAUAUAAAUUGGUGGAUAUAUUUUUAUACGAUUUUAAUAAAAUAAAAAAUGUAGUGAAGAGUUUUUUCGUAUUUUGAUUUUUGUAUUCUACAGUUGAAAUGCUUUUUGAGAAAUUGCGUUUGUUUCCUUGUAUUUAUAUAAUUUAUAAGUAAGUACACAAUUGAGUAUUUUAGUAUUGUCUUAUGACUGUAUUUGUAUUUAGAAUUCGUACUUUUGAAUUGUUUUAGAAACUAUUUGUAGUUGCAUCAACUUAAACAAUUUUUGUAUUUAGAAAAACUUAGGUAUCCUAUUAUAAAAUCAGUGUUAUUUUUUUACUUUGUGUAUUUUUUACUUCAUUCUUCUAUUUCAAGUAAUAUAAUUAUUUUAAGAAUAAUGUUCAUCUAUGUAACUUCAAGUGCUAAUAAAUUUGGGUCUACAAAAUAAAAGUACACUUAAAAUACAUAUUUAAUUUAUUUUUUGUAAAAUUAUUUACUGUUAAUAUCUAAUGUGGUAAUUAUUGUGAUGGAAUACAAACCACUAAAAC